UACUACAAUUUAUCACUGAUAAGACAUUCAAUAAAAUCAUAAAGACCCCUUCACACAAACCCAUUUCACACAAUCUCAAACAAAGAAACUCGAUCAAAAAUCAGAUCCAAAAAACAGAAAACAUGGUGAGACAAAGAAGAAAAACAGAGACAGAAGAAGAGAAAAGAGAAGAAGAUGGAGAAGAAGAGAAAGUGGAGCAGAUAAGCAAGAGUCGAGUGAUUAGCAGAAGAAACAUGCAAUCUCUUGUGAUCGGACUUGUCGGAGCAGCGUUGACUCUCGGAGCUUAUUCACAAACAUUUGUUUCUUCGUCUAAAUCUCUUGGCGCAGGUCUCUUUGUCCUCUUCUUCGGUUUGCUCGUUAGCGAAGGUUUCAUAUCCAUUUAACUCAAGUUUGUUUUUUUUGUUUUGCUUUACUUAAUUUGCCGGGUUAUGGACUCCUCUUGAUUGUAAUACACCCAAUAUUUUUAUUUCCAUCGUCUACAAAUACAGUAAUGGCAU